GGCAGCCGUGGGAGUAGGCUUCGCGUGCCACAAUUGCGGUGGGACUUCCCUGGUGGCUCAAUUUUAAAGAAUCUGCCUGCAAUGCAGGAGACCCAUGUUUGAUCCCUGGGUCUGGAAGAUCUCUUGGAGAAGGAAGUAGCAACCCAUUCCAGUAGUCUUGCCUGGGAAAUCCUAUGAACAGAGGAGCUUGGUGGACUCUAGUCUAUGGAGCUGCAAGAGUCGGAAACAACUUAGUGACUAAACCACCAACAGGGACAAGUAUGGCCAGACUGCCCAUGGCCAUGGGCAUGCCUUGGUGCUCCUGGGGCUGAGGCUGGGCUGGCCACCAUGAGGCUGGGUGGACCCUGGGCCUGGCUGCUGGGCCUGCCCACAGCUGUGGUCUAUGGCUCCCUGGCCCUCUUUGUCUCUGUCCUGCACAACGUGUUCCUGCUUUACUACGUGGACACCUUUGUCUCAGUGUACAAGAUCGACAAAGCUGCCUUCUGGGUUGGAGAGACGGUGUUUCUCCUCUGGAACAGUCUCAAUGACCCCCUCUUCGGCUGGCUGAGUGACCGUCGGUUCCUCAGCUCCCAACCCCGGUCAGGCGCUGGGCUCUCCUCACGGGCCGUGGUGCUGGCACGGGUGCGGGCACUGGGCUGGCAUGGGCCGCUGCUGGCACUGUCGUUCCUGGCAUUCUGGGUGCCCUGGGCGCCUGCUGGGCUGCAGUUCUUGCUGUGCCUGUGCCUCUACGACGGCUUCCUGACGCUCGUAGACCUGCACCAUCAUGCCUUGCUGGCCGACCUGGCCCUCUCAGCCCACGACCGCACCCACCUCAACUUCUACUGCUCCCUCUUCAGUGCGGCCGGCUCCCUGUCUGUCUUUGCCUCCUACGCCUUCUGGAACAAAGAGGACUUCUCUUCCUUCCGCGCCUUCUGCCUGGCACUGGCCACUGGCUCCGGGCUGGGCUUUGUGGGGGCCGCACGGCUGCUGAGGCGGCAGGUUGAGGCGGCCGGCAGGGAGCCGGGGUGCCCAGCCGUGGCUGUGAAUGGCGGCCUGUGUGAAGAAGAGCUGCUUGUGAGCAGCGAGGAGGCAGGUAGCAUCACCUUGGGCCAGUACCUCCGGCAGCUGGCACGCCACCGGAACUUCCUGUGGUUCGUGGGCAUGGACCUGGUGCAGGUCUUUCACUGCCACUUCAACAGCAACUUCUUUCCCCUCUUCCUGGAGCAUCUGUUGUCAGAACACAUCUCCCUCUCCACGGGCUCCUUCCUGUUGGGCAUCUCCUACGUCGCUCCCCACCUCAACAACCUCUACUUCCUGCCCCUGUGCCGGCGCUGGGGUGUCUACGCUGUGGUGCGGGGGCUCUUCCUGCUCAAGCUGGGCCUGAGCCUGCUUAUGCUGUUGGCUGGCCCCGACCACCCCGGCCUGCUCUGCCUCUUCAUUGCCAGCAACCGUGUUUUCACUGAGGGCACCUGUAAGCUGUUGACCUUGGUGGUCACAGACCUGGUGGAUGAGGACUUGGUGCUGAAUCACCGCAAGCAGGCAGCCUCAGCGCUUCUCUUUGGCAUGGUGGCCCUGGUGACCAAGCCAGGCCAGACCUUCGCUCCGCUGCUGGGCACCUGGCUGCUCUGCUUCUACACAGGUCAUGAUCUCUUCCAGCGGCACCCCCCGGCCCCUGUGGGGAGUUCUCAGCCCUGGCCGGAGCCCCCGGCUCCGCCCCCGGCACAGGCCCCCGCACUCCGCCAGGGCUGCUUCCACCUGCUGGUGCUGGUGCCCAUCGCCUGUGCUCUGCUGCAGCUGUUCACUUGGUCCCAGUUCACGCUGCACGGGAGGCGCCUGCACGUGGUCAAAGCCCAGCGCCAGAGCCUGUCACGGGCCCAGACCCUGGACAUUAAGAUGGUGUGAGGGGAGUGCAAAGCCACCCCGAUGAGGACACUACCUAUAGCCCUGGGGCCGCCAGCCCUGUGUCCUGCACUUCUGCCUCCCUGGAGUCCUGCCUGGAGGACAGAUGGCAGAGUGGGAGCACUUGGGGCUGAGCCGGAGUGUCACUGGGGUCUAAGUUCCUGCAUGACUGUCUGGCCCAGCUUGGGCAAAGGCUGGGCCGUGUGUGUGCUCAGGGACCUGCUUCCUCCUCUAGAGCAGAAGAAGAGGACCGAGAAGGGUGGGGCCCGCCCUGUGGUCAUAUGGGGUUGCUAUGGGUAUGGAGGCCAUUACUCCUACCUGGCCGGGGCUGGUGCCCUGUGUGGGCUCCGAAACCACUUUUGCCUGGUCAGGACUGGGAGUCCUACCUGCCCCUUCCAGUGGUUUCUCUCAGAAUUCUCUGCUUCAGCCGCACCUGGAGUAGCAUGCCCCAGCUGCUGCAGGGUGCCCCUGAACCCCAAAUGACCUCUCAGUGAGGUUCAUCUCAUCACAAACUGAU